UUUUAAACUCAUUUGAGUUACUACCCACCGCUGAGUAGCAGUAGUCAUUGGACACACACUGUACUUUUUGGACCUCCGGGCUGCCCACAUUUGAGUCUCAUUUCUUAUGAAGGUCACCUGACUCUCAAUUGACUGACCCAAACCUGAGCGCCAAAACAAGGCUAGGACCUACUUUUACUGUCAGUUAAGCUACUUGUUUAACUACACUACAAGAAACCCGCAUUUACCGCCAAUUAGAUGUCAGGAAACGGGUUAAUAUCCAGUCUCCGGCGGCUAAUAAACCCCGAGGAGCGGCCGAGGACUCCGAGUCCGUUUGAGCAGCUUAGCCAGCAGAUGAACGAUAUCUUGGGAGAUGGAGGGAUCCUGAAAGAGGUGGUCCAACCUGGAGAAGGCCCACCUAUCCCUCAAAAUGCUUCAGUAUUGAUCAAUUACUCUGCUUUCCUGGAAUAUUCUAACCAGCCUUUUGAAACUACCACUAACCUCAAGUACCCGCGGAUGAUGAAGUUAGGGAGAGAUGUGACACUGUGCGGACUGGAGCUGGGUCUGUUGACCAUGCAGAAAGGAGAGUUCUCUCGCUUCCUCUUCCAGCCCCAGUAUGCAUACGGAGAGCUGGGAUGUCCUCCCAUCAUUCCUGCUGCUGCUGUGGUUCUGUAUGAGGUCCAGAUCCUCGAUUUCCUUGACUCAGGACAAGUGGACGACUUUAUCGCACUGAGUCCGGAGGAGCAGAACACUGUUCCUCUCUCCACGCUUCUUGAAGUGGUCAACACAGUACGCAGCUUUGGCAACCGCUGCUUCAACCAGAGCCGUUAUGACAAUGCCAAAGACCGCUAUAAACAGGCAUUGAUGGUGCUGGGGAACAGGGAAACACAGUGCGAUGCAGAGAAGGAGAGGAUCAAGACAGCACUGCUUCCUCUCUAUCUGAACCUUUCUCUCACUGAGCUCCGUUUGGAGAGCCCACACAAAGCCCUGAAAUAUGGCAACAAAGCCCUGGAGAUAGACUCCACCAACACAAAGGCUCUUUUCCGCUGUGGACAGGCGUAUCUGGAGCUGCAUGAGUAUGAGAGUGCCCAGGGUUGCCUCAUAACUGCUCAAGCAAAGAAGCCCUUUGACAGUGACAUUAACAACCUGCUGAGGAAAGUGGCUAUAUGCUACAAAGACAGCUUGGACAAAAAGAAAGAGAUGUGCUCCAAGAUGUUCAGAGACUUGCGAGGCAAAUGAAGAUGUAGAGAUGAGUAAAAUGAUGAUCGUAAGGAGCACAUUUUCUCUCCAGGAAUUCUGAAAGUUACACUGUUUUUGUGUUUUUGCAUAUGUUACAAAAGGAAAAAUAUUGUACAGCUGUAUUGUUGGCGUUCUUCUUUAGUAAGUUCUUUGAAAGUCUUCAAAUGUUUGGCAAUAAUGUAGCUCAACAGUUGUGUUUCUGUGUGAAGAUCUGCUUUUUCAGAAUUUGCUUUCACCUCAAAUUACUAAAUAUGAAGGCGGGAAGAACAUUUGCAUGAACAGUCCCAGGGAACCUUGAGUGGCUGCAUUUUCUAUAAAGUUGCUACCUCUCCUCCUUAGACACUUUGCUGGUGUAUAUUUGAAUGGGGUCUAAGCACUUAUGAGGUGAUAAUGGAAAAAAUAAAUAAAAUAAUGAAAAAAUCUUUCACUA